UUCACAAUUGCAGUCAACUCUCAGAGUGGAAACUAAUGUUCAUUAUGGAACUGCAAAAAGCAGAAGUUCUUUAACACCAGCAUCUUUUAAUUCAAUAGAGCAAAAACUUAUUCCUAAUUCAAAGGAUUUUGAAAUUGAAAUCAUGUGA